UUUAAAUGAAAAAGAAAUUUUGUUAGUUAUAAUAUCCUUACGAUGAGUUAUGGAUGCUGUCGUUCAUUUUGUCGCAAGUGUUGUGUUCCAUGUUACUGUAUCUUGUGGGGACGCGAUGAAAAAACUUGGCUUUGUACUCGCUAUAUCAGUGGCUUUCUUAUAGCCUUACUUAUAUCAACGGUCUUCUGGUAUUAUACGAUAGCGAAUUUGUGUGUAUCAUGGGAACUCAAUUUCGUACUACUUGCCGUAUGCAUUACUUUUACAGUUUUUGGUUUCAUAUUUAAUAAAGGCAUACGUUGCAUUCUAUUUCUGUUGGUUAUAAGCAUAUUUGGGAGUUCUGGUCGGACGUACUUACGCGCACUAUGUUUCGCAACUGUUUUAUCAGGUCCUAUUGAAAAUUUAAGUUUAAAUGGUGGAGAAAUAGUACGGGUGUACACUUGUGCCAAUAUACUGACUUAUAAUUUGACGAAAACUCGUCUGGAUUUGAUAACGAAACCCUUUCAAAGGGUUUUAUAUAAUAUUCGAGAGGACGCUGCAGAAAUAAAUAAAACAUUUGGUGAAGUGCGGGAGUUCAUGUAUCCCGUGCACAAUGAAAUAGAGAGCGAUGAUGAAACUUGGGUACCAAAUGAAAAUGAUACUUACAAACCGAUAGAGAUUCCUGAAAACACUUCGAAAGCAGAAUUCAUACAAGAUAGAUAUACAAAUAAAUUUCGAAAACGUUGCUAUCAUCAAAUGGGCAAGAGUAAGGAUCGCUGCCAAGUGGCGUUUAGGGAAGCAUUGUUGAAGUGUGAGGAAAAAAUCCCUUUUUUAGUGAGAACGCUACUUUGUUGGCCUUUUAAAGUGGACUUCGUUUGUAAUAUAAAUAUAUUUUCCAGUCUUGAGACGGUAUGCGAUCCUACUGAUGCCAUACCCAGAGAUUUUGGUAAAAAUUAUGUAGUGUUAAAUGAAACGGAAAAUGAACUCUUUAAUAAUAGUAAAAUGGAAGUUAACUAUACUAUACAUUACAAUGAAAUACCGCCAGGUUUUAAUACCGCAGAUGAAAUGGGAGAAAAAAUUUAUAAAGAAUAUACGAGAAAGAAACAGAUAUUUUCUACAAUUAUAGCUGUGCAAGAGAAAUUAUUGCUGUACUUCUUUAUUGUUUUAGUUAUAGGAUCCAUAAAAUAUCGUAAAAAAUUUUUAAAUGAUAUUGACUCUGAUAAUAUAUACAUAAAUGAUUAUUUUUUGCAUAUUGACGAGCGAAGAAGAAAACUGGGUAAACGAACUAUUUUACCAUUAAAAAAAAGAGAGAGAAAUAAAUUGGUCGAUACUAACAAUAUCUGCAAUCGUACAAAAGAAGAAAAAAAAUCGGCUAAAUACCAUAUUUUACGCCUUUCCGUUGAAAUAAUCAUAGGAUUAUUUUUCAUCUUGUUAGAUUACAUUAUCGUGGUUCUAUUGAAAAUAGUUCGAAUGGAAUCCGAAACUACCUAUACACAGGAAGGAGAACACACAAUAACGUUCAGUAUUGAGGGUACUGGUCUCAUGGCACGUUUAUUACAGAAAACGAUGCGGAAUUUUAAUAUACAUGAGCGAGUACGAACACAGCUUUCGAACAAAGAAUGUCUACCUCUUCCGAAUCAGCUGGAUGAUAGCUUUUACAUGAAAAUGGGAAUUUUGUAUUCCUCCAUUAUUAUUUUAACAAGCAAAAGUACGGCUAUUCUAAGACUACGUCACAUGAUUUGUGCUUAUUUCUAUCGCAAGCGAGAGAAGCAACGUACUCUCUAUUUGUAUAAUUCGUUACUAAGAGAACGACGAAACCAAUUUAAAAAGAUGCUUAGAGAGGCCCAAAACAAUGCGGCUAAAAAUGAGCUACGUAAUAAAUUGAAUAUAUUCUUGAAAUUACGUGCUGCUUAUCCAAAUAGUUUCAAGUUCUUGAAGAAUUGUCAAUAUGCACGUUUCAAGUGCCUAAUUUGUGAAGAACGUGAAGAUGAUCUCUUCGUAUUCUGUCCUAAUACCAAAUGUAAUGUCACGUAUUGUCGCGACUGCUGGGAAGACAUGCCCGAUUUUUGCUUACUUUGCAGAGAAAGAAUUAAAGAGACGAAAAUUAAUAAUUUUGAUCAGUUCUUUGAAGAAGUUAAUAUGUACGAUAUGUUUUAUGAGCCAUAUGUGCUUGGAACAGAUAAAUCAGAGCCGGAAACAGAUAAGGAUGAAAAAGAAAAAGGAAAGAAUGUUGGCAUAGUUUCAAAAAUAAAGAACUUAUGUCGUAAAAGUCAAAAGAAAUCUAAAGAUGAUAAAAUAGAUAAAAAGGACAAAGUAAAUACUUCACCUGAAAAUAAAAAAUCUGGCAAAAAGAAAAAAGUAGAUUCUAAAUCAAAAGAUAAUAAAACUGAUGAAAAAAAUAAACCCAAUACUAUAAACAAAGGUGACAAAACUCUUUUUGCAAAGAGCAGAAUAGAUCCUAUAUUGAAAGACGAUAGGACUGAAAAACAGAGCAAGGUGGAUCCUUCACCAAAACUGGAAGACAAAAAAUACAAAACUGAAACUGUUAAAGACACACAGCAAAAAACCGUUGGCAAAAGCGCGUUAUCCACCUUUAAGGUGGAUAAACAAAAUUAUAGUUCCAUCUACGAUGCAGAUGAUGAAUAUGACGAUACAGAUACCGAAUCUGAUUUCGGUUAAAAAGAACUGACAACGCUUAGACAGCAUUUUAGAUAUUUAACUACUUUCGAGAAGUCCAC